AUGGACGCUCCGAGGCUGGAGAUUGAUCAGAAUGGACGUGCACGAGCAGUCUUGCAAAGAUCACCAUCGAAGAAGCUUUGCGUUCGAAAGCCACUUGCCCCAGAAUUAGUGAUUGACGACACAGGAUAUGCCAGGGUAGGGUCUCCCAACAAGCAACUGCGAUUGAGCGAUGGCCUUGCAGUCCACUUGCGAGUUGGCCUUCAUUCGGAGUCGUAUGAGCGCACGAGGCCCCCAGCAGAAGAUCUAGACAUCAGUGUCAAGGAAGAUGGCCCCUCAUCCGCGAACACUCGUCCAAAUGACGACAGUCUGGUCUACGCACCAGCAACGCCGCAAAAUGGUCGUAUGGCCGCGGUUCCUGCGCCUCCACGUUAUCUUGGAUCCGGAGUCGAAGAAGCAGAAACUUUUGAACAACCCACAGCAGAUGGAUAUCGCGAACAGCGAGAAAUGCAGAUUGCCCCCCUUCCGAUUUUGCCAUCAGUCGUUUGGAUCAAGAAAGCCGACGCAUACACCCGUCUUCGUCACACAGUUGAUAUCGUGACUGUCAAUGGCGAGAAAUACGUCAGGACCGAUGAAACUCAUUUCUUGUAUGCUGUCAAUACGGACUGGCCUCAGGGUGACAAAAAUGUCACUAUCCGCCGAGCACCAUACCGCCAUUGGCAAGCUGGUCGACGUGACGGUCGUCCGGAGAUCCUCUUCAAGUUGUAUCCACUUGGCGAAUGGGCAUAUACACCUACCAACAACCGCCGCAAGAAGGCUCCUCAAGAAUUCCGUCCAGAGCUGGAUCACCAUGGUCGGGUGCUUCUCAAUGCAUUCGAUCGCCCAUUGAAGUUCUCGACCAUCAUGCCUCAACAAGUCAGCACGGAGAUCGAAGGCUGGGAAAUGGAAGCCAUUUGCCGUUUGGACCCAGAUAUCUGCCAUCAAGAUUUCAUCGAUCGAAUGCCUGCGGAGCCUGACAAUGGCAAGGCUCGACCCAGCAAAGGUACACUGAACCACCGUCGCCGUCGGGAUCGCAUGAGGAUGAGAGUCCUCCCCUGGCCUCUGCCCCAACAGCUCAGCUAUUCUGACCAACAGGUCGUCAACGGGGUGACCCAGUGGGAAAAGAAAAACAACACAACCAGGGGGUUGAUGGAUCUGUCGAGGGAGGAGGUCGAGAUGCAAGAGGCAAUCAUGUAUGGCGGGCAUUUUGAGCGAUCGGGAGCCAAUGCGCAGAAUGACAGGACAAGAUUGAACCAGUUUUGGAUCAACUUGACCCUCGUAAGGACCAAGUUCACGGAGGAUACAGAGGAGGUGAGCUUGAUCAAGAACAGAAUUGCUGUGCAAAUGGAGAAGAUGGGGCUGAAGUAUGACCAUCGUAUCUGGGACACCCAGGUUGGUGCAUAG